UUAUUUUGAAAUGUUUUCACGCCGCAGAACCAUUUAUGGACUUGAGCUGUAACGAUGUAACGUAGUUAUAUCCUUACGCAUUUAAUGUUUCCAAUUAUGAUAAACCCUGUCAAACGUUGAGCCCAUAUUAACAUCUGUUAACCAUAAAUUUACAUUUUACGGAGUUUAUAUAAAACGGACUGUCCAGCUACCCAGUGUUCUUGUGUCUACCGCGCUGUGAACUGGGAAAUGUAGUUUACUACAGUUCAUUAUUGCGUUCAGAAAAUCGCAUGUGAAACUGGUUUGAACUCCAAUCUUCCGGGCUUUAAUCAAAUUCUCUGUCCUCAGGUGAGCCGCGUAAACACUGGAAGAGUAUUUUCAGCUGACACAUGCGAUGGGACCCGUGCAAGAAAUUUCGCAGUGGCCCAAAGUAUCAAAGUUCGCUGUGUCUGCAUGUGCUGCCAGUGUUGCAGAAUUGGUCACAUUCCCCCUUGAUCUUACAAAAACAAGGCUUCAGAUACAAGGUGAAUAUGCUCCUGAGAAACUCAGCAAGAGUGGAACUGUCAACACUGUGUAUAGGGGAAUGCUAAGCACAGCUGUGGGAAUAGUGCGAGAAGAAGGACCACUAAAAUUAUGGCAAGGGGCAACACCUGCAAUCUACAGACAUAUAGGGGGCAGGAUGCUAGCCUACGAACAGCUCCGGGAUUUUGUAUUGGGAAAAUCUGAAGAUGGCAGCUUUCCCCUUUGGAAGGCUGCAUUUGGUGGCAUGGUAUCUGGUGCUCUAGGUCAGUUCUUAGCCAGCCCCACUGAUCUAGUUAAGGUACAGAUGCAAAUGGAAGGGAAAAGAAGGCUGGAAGGCAAACCACCACGCAGAGUUCAUGGGGUUAUUCAUGGCUUUGUGAAGAUCGCAAAGGAAGGAGGGAUCCGGGGCCUCUGGGCUGGUUGGGUGCCCAAUGUACAAAGAGCUGCUUUGGUCAAUCUAGGAGACCUUACAACAUAUGACAGUGUGAAGCACAUUCUUCUAAGGAAUACCUCUAUAGAGGACAACUGUCUUUGUCAUGGAUUGGCAAGCACUUGUUCUGGUCUAGUAGCAGCUAUGAUGGGAACACCAGCUGAUGUAGUUAAAACGAGAAUAAUGAACCAACCUCUGGACUCAAAUGGAAGGGGUCUCCUGUACAAAUCGUCCAUAGACUGUCUGGUUCAGUCUGUUAGAGCGGAGGGAUUACGAACACUUUAUAAAGGCUUCGUACCAACCUGGUUAAGAAUGGCUCCCUGGUCUAUGACAUUUUGGCUAACCUUUGAGCAAAUCAGACACGCUGUAGGCAUCAGUUCAUUCUGAACAUAUGAAAGUGGCAUCAAAAUGAUGAAUCAAAGUAGCAAUAAAAAAUAAACUGGAGAAUAGAGAGUUUUUUUUUUCCCAUGACAAGGCCAGCUCUGUGGUUUUUGCUAUACAUUGAAGACAUUUGGGUUUCAGAUCAAAAGAUGAAUGAGACGAUAGAUCAGAAUCUCAGCUUUUAUUUCCUGAUAUUUACAUGUGUUAAAUAACUUUUGUUGCACCUUUGUGUGGUCACACCCAAAUAUGAUAGGUGUUUCUUGCGAGAGCUGUGAAGAAACAUCUAAAAAAAAAAAUAAAAAAUCAGUGACAUCACCAACAACCUCCACAGGGCAGCAGUGAAGGUUUAACAAUCCACCUUUCAAAGAAGACUUAGCAGAAAUAUAGAUGAUAUACCACAAGAUGCAAACUACUCAUCAGCAGCAAAAAUCAGAAAACCAGAUUGAAAUUAACAAAGAAAUACAGAGAUGAGCCACAGAAGUUCUGGAACCAAGAUUAACCACUACCAAAGUGAUGGAAUGGCCAAAGUGUGUAGAAAGAAAGGAUCAAUGUAGUGUCAUAGUUUGGGCUUGCAUGGCUGCUUCUGGAAUGGGCUCACUAAUCUUUACUGAUUAUGGAACUUAUGAUAGUAUCAACCAACUGGCCCUGUGUGAAAAAUAAUUGCACUUAGUUAAUUAACAUAUUAACCAAAUUUGCUUGUUUUGUAAUGAAGUGAGUCCAUGGAGGCGGAUACAAAAUGCAGAACUUCUUUAUUGGGAGACAAACACAGGGAACAGGCUCAGGAAAACAAACAUGAGGAAUAAACACACUAGGUAUCAGGGCUAUCAGAACUUAGUCAAACUAGGAAAAAAACCCUAAGAAAACACUAAAUAUAAACAAACAGUGCAUAAACCGAACAUUAACAAAUAUGAGCACGCAAAACCACAAAAAACAACCCGACUUGACGCAAUACUCCAGCAACUGAGCAGAAAAACCAGGGAACUUAAACAAAGCAUUAAUCAAGCAGGGAAAAUGACAAACACCUUGGUAUGGUUAGACAGGAAAUAAGGGAGGGUAUGGUUAGACAGGAAGUACGUCAAACAUGACAUGUUUGGCUUCAGUUAGGCUAGACAUACAUUGGCAUGAUUACUGCCAGCCCUGUUGAAUCGAAAUAUCACUUGAAUAGAACCUUUCCAGCAAUGAAGUAGGCUAAAACUACUCAACAAGCAAAACACUAUGCCUCAACCAAAAGAUUACAAAUUCCAAAGAAAGAAAUUUAUUGAAAUAUAUUAGUCUGGAAAUGUUUAUAAAGCCAUUUCUAAGGCUUUGGGACUUCAGUGAACCACAGUGAGACCUUCAAAUAGUUUUUUUUUUACUUUUCAAAUACUUUUUUUCACUGUGAAAAAAUGUUUUUCUGAAACCAAACAGUGCUGAAACCAAAAUUCCUCCAAGAGUGCAUCAGCAGGAAGUCAAAAAAGAACCCAUACAAAGGAACUGAUAAACUAAGAUAAGGUUAGCUUUCAUGAUUUCACCUUCAGAAAGAGGCCGGGCAAAAAUGUUAUCCAUGUUGGAAGGCAAAAACCACUGAACCAAGAAGAAUAUAGAGGCUCUUUUCCAGUGUUGCAUAAGUUACUCAAAAAAAAGUAAUCAGGGUUCCCACUCUUUUUCAGAGAUCAUUUUCCAUUUCAAAUUUCAUGAUGAAGGGAAUAAAAGACAAGGAUCACAGAUUCACAGCCUAAAGUAAUAUAUUCCUCUCUCCAGAGUCUUAAAAAAAAAAUUACAAUUUAUGUCUAUGACAACCAUAAAAUACACGAAAUACAGAAAUACACUAAAUACACACACACACACAAAGUCAUGAUUUCCCCUCAAGCUAGCGCUGUAGCAUGCAGCAUGCUCAGAAACCAGAAACGGCGAGCUCUUUGCGCGAGCCCGAUGUGUGAGCUCUUAGCGAACGCAUGCUUUUGGGUCUUCAGUGACAUUGACUUUGUUUACUUUCGACAUGUGCUUUUGUUAUGGUUUAUGUCCUGUCUCCACCCCUGUAUUGUCAUUAGUUGUUUCUUGUAGGUGUGUUACCAUUGUUCUCAGCUGUCUUGUGUUUCACCCCUGAUUAUGUUUGUCAUUUAAACCCCUCAUGUCUCUUUGCACUUCAUGAAGUAUUGAGUGUUAUCACCGUGUUCUUUGAUCUUGUUUCUCAUUCUAGAUGCUAGCCUUGCCCAGUUUAUGCCUGUUUGCCAAUCGCCUGACCUAUUGCCUGUUUCUUGACCUUGCUAUUGUCUCAUGUUUUGGAUUUGUCUGCCUGUCUCUCUCUAAAUAAACUCUUAUCUGCAUUUGCA